AUGCGCAUUGACUCAGGAAGCAUGCAUCAAAGCAGUUUCCACUCUGCUUCACCACUUUUUGGAAGUUGUAUCUUCCAGGGCAAUAAAUCGUUUUUGGUUGAUUGGGAAGAGAGUGGGCGAAGAAGGAAUGAACGGUUCUUCAGUUUCCCAAGGGAAAAUUGUUGUGGGGUGGGCGACGGUUUCGGUGGCAGGGACAAGGAAGAAAUGGAUAAUGAAUAUCUUAUUGACUUACAGCUGUUCAAACCACCAACACCAAUCAAAGUCAAGAUUCUUAGGAUUUGGAAAUCUACAACUCCAAACAAUCCAAAAAAUCUACUCAGUCUUGACUUUUUAAUUGCUGAUGUCAAGAAAAAUGUUAUGCAAGCGAUGAUUAGAGGUUUUGAUGCACCUCUAUUUAUACCAAUGUUGAAAGAAGGUGCUGUCUAUCUCAUUGACAAGUAUCGAAUUAUGAAAUCAAAGCACAACUUCAAUGUUCUUCCUGAAGACCUGAUGAUAGUUCUAUCAAGAAUGUCAGAAGUAAAAGAAAUUGUUGAAGACAACACUCAAUAUCCAGACUACUACUUCAAUUUUGUUCACUUCAAAGAUCUUCCUGAUAAGAUAUAAAAAAA